CCCAUUUAAAGCUGUAUAUCGUAUUGUAUGUCAUGAUGUAGUCGGGUUCUUUUUCUCUCUCGCAAUAUUUUUUUGGCUGUUUAAUAUCCGAGAUGAGGGUCGAGUGGAUUUUUCUAGUUUCCUUUAUUUCGUGGACAUAUUUAGAUAGCCAAGUGGAUGCCGCCUCGUGUCCCAGCUACUGUUUCCACGGUGCCACCUGCACUCCGACUGGCCAUUUAACCGCCAGAUGUGACUGUACUAUAGGAUUCACUGGUGCCCGGUGUAACAAAAACGGCAUGACAGCAUUACGAAAAGAGAUUGAAGCACGUGGCAGUUUUAAUGCUGAUGAAGCUAAAGCUUACACAGAAAAGGCACUGGCUAUAAUUCAAGAUCAUAUGCAACACAACUUUGAUUUGGGAACUUCGGUGAAAGAGAUGAACACCAUUUUGUUGCAAAUUUCCUACAUCAUGGAUUCGGUGGCAGAGAGCUAUAAAGGAUUAGGCGGCUUAGAUAUGUUUCCAUUAACAGAAGAUUAUGUGACAGUCCUUUCGUAUAUUGUAACGAUUCUCAACACCAAGGGAUGUGAAGUGGGACAAAUAGUCAACUGCACGCUGAAUCAAACGGAAUACGCUUCUAUCCUUGAAAAAGCGGAGGAAAAUAUUUAUAAAAUCACCAAUAUAUUACUGAAAUCAAAGUCUAAAGAAAAAGACGACGAUGAAGAUGGCGGGGCGCAGACUUCUACGAUAACGAUUGACAGGAUGGACUUAGUCUCUUUGACCGUUCUCAAAGCGAAAGGAAAAGACCUGCCUUUUGAAUUUCCUUCCACCUAUGGGUCGGUUAUUUUACCAUAUUUUGAAACUUUUCAAGAUACCAUAGGAGGAGAGGAAAUAUGUGUUAAUGUUUUGACAUACGUAAGAAGUCCUUAUGGUUAUGUGAACAAUACAAAUGCUGUGGAUUCUGGAAUCAUAAAAGUUGUUAUCACGGACAAAAAAGGAAACAAGACCAAUUUAAAUGACAUAGAUGAUCCUGUGGACAUGACAGUGGAUAUGUCACAGGUCUUCUCAGAUUCCAGCUCUUGGAAGGACAUGGAUAAACUGUCAGACGGUCGCUCAAUGGUAGUUGCCUACCUUAACACAACUUACGAAGCCUACGUGGUAGAGUUUGACAUACAGUCUAAGAUGAAAUGUACAAUCUACGGGACGUUCGGCAAUACAGGGUAUCCAACGCAUAUAAAACACGACAUAGCUAUAAAGACAAAGGGAUUGAACCAAAUUCUGCAGCAGAAACCCACCGACCUACCAAUAACAUUCAACAACCAGAAGUUACAAAUGACAGUGUACAACACGAAGUUAGCUGUUGGUGGCGUCAUGGAUCCAUUAGUUUUAACAUUGAGUUGCGAAGAUGACAUAUCAAAGCGUAAGAAACGACAAGCCACUGUUCACAAAGCUCGAAUUCAGGAAAUAGCUGUAUAUGCAUUAAAUGGUGCUAUCUGGGAGAAACCUCCAUACGCACAGCUUAACAAGGCAGAGGGAAAUUUCGUCAAAUUCAAGAGUACAUUUUUUGGAACAUUUGCAACUAACGGCCUGUUUUUGCCUCCGAGCUCAAUCGAUUUCGAUUCCUUGUUUGCAAACUUUCUGGACCGACUGAUAUCAACUCCUCAUGUCUUGGCUACGUUCAUUGUGUUGUUUACACUGCUGAUCGUGCUAACCGUAGUUCUCAGACGAAAAGAUAAAAGGGAUCUUUUCAUGUGGGAGUUCCUGCACUUGAUUGACAACAAAACAGGCGAGGAUCACCGUUACUGUAUUUCUGUGUUUACGGCAAUUAGGUCCUCCAGAUUUACCACCUCUACCCCAUACUUCAAGCUGGACGGAAAGCAAGCCUCUACAGGAGAUCGCAUUUUAUGUGAUGGAAAGAGAAUAAAUUUUGGAAGAGGCACAUGUAGCAACUUCAUCUUGACGACAAAAUCGUAUCUCGGAGAACUGAAAAGGUUAACGUUGUGGAUUGAUAACAAAGGAAGUUCUCCGGAUUGGAUGGUGUCAAAAAUUGUCAUCGUCGAUCUAAAAACGGAUGAAAAGUAUGUGUUCCUAUGUGGCGAUUGGUUAUCUGAAAGAUAUGGAAAAUGUGAGACUUGGGCAGCGAUGGUACCUCUUUUAAAUGAAGAUUUGAACUCGGAAACCAUCUUUAACGACGCUGGUCGAAAAGGACUCUUUGAUGAUCAUCUCUGGUUUUCUAUUUCAACAAGACCGAAUUAUAGUAGAUUUACCAGGGUUCAGAGAUUAUGGUGUUUAGUAGCAUUGCUUUUCCUGUCAAUGAUAUCGUCUGCCAUGUGGUUCAAUCAAGAGCCUUCAAAAGAAACUAUGACAGAAGAGGAAAUUGAGGCUAACAGUGUACAGUCCAUCAAACUAGGACCCUUUUCUUUGAACUACAAACAGAUCUAUGUGGGGUUCAUGUCAUCGGUCAUAACUUUCCUCCCAUCUAUUGUUAUCGUCGCCAUUUUCAAAAACCGUAAGGUGAAAGGCGAGAGAUGCUAUGAAUAUAUUGAAGAUGAUAACAAGAACAAAGAUCCAAAAACAAAGAAACGCUGUAUGUUGCCUUGGUGGAGUAUUUACAUUGCCUACACACUAAUAGUCUUAUGUAUCUUGGUACCAGGCUUUUUUACGUUUCUGUAUUCUUUGGAGUUUGGUCCAGAAAAAACGAAUAACUGGAUGCUCUCUUUUGUAUUUGGAACUGCCUUAGGAGUCUUGAUACUUGAACCAUUAAAGGUUCUUGUUCUAUCUGUAAUUGUAUGCUGCUGCCUUUCAAAAACGACCGAAAGACUUUCUGACUUAGGCGAUAACUACAAAAUAAAAAAUGAGGAUGAGAGCAUGAUCAACACAAAAGUAACUUACUUUCCAUGUCCCAGCGCAAGUGACCAUGAAAUAGAUAACCAGAGAAGAAAGAGGCUUUCUAAAUUAGACAAUGAACUGGCUCAACACGUAAAGGCCUGGGUGUUAUGUGCUGCCUACGUUAUCUUAUUAGCAGUUAUCUGCUCACACAACAUCACAACAGAAGCUUUUAGGCAAAAUGAAGCUCUAAAAUUGGCCGUCAAUGAUAAAUUUCAGCCAAAUACCACUGAUGACAUAUGGACGUGGGUUUUCGACGACUACAUUCCAAUGAUAUGGCCUAAAUGGUACAGUAAUCAACAACUUAGGACAGCUUAUGAACAGAAAUUUACUUAUUAUGGUUAUGACUAUCGGAUGUCCCUUAUACAAAUCCGUCAAGUUCGUUCUGGUGGAAACUGUACUGGACCUGAUGUUAUGAUUGAGACUGUAUCAAAAUGUACAAAUGGAUACGAAAUUGCAACAGAAUCUGUCAGCAAUUUUUGUCCAGGAUGGGAAGCUUUUAACUCUUCGUGUUUUGAUGAAAACGAGCUUACCGACUACAGUUUUCUGUACAAGACUGCAAAAGAUACAAAAGGGCACACUUACUUUGGAAAAUACGCUUUGUAUGGAAAAGGCGGGUAUAUGAUGCAGUUAGGACCAAAACAAUCCUUAGUCAUAACGAUGGUUGAAAGACUGAGAACAGAAUCGUGGAUUGAUGGAGACACAAGAGCAGUUUUCUUCGACUUAAACACAUUCAAUGCCAACAGUCGGUUGUUUAGCCAUCUUAAAGUCGUUUUUGAAAUUUCCCAGUACGGAGCAAUUUCCAUGAUAACUUCGUGUACAUCAUCAAAUUUAUACCCCUAUAUGUAUGCCCUGGAUUAUAUAAUUUUGCUUCUCCAAUUUCUCUUUGUCUUUGUGGUAAUCGUAAAGAUGGUAUAUUUUGGAAUUGAAAUAUUCAAACUCAAAACGAAAUGCUGCACAACGUUUGGGAUGUGGUUUUCUCUGGCAGAGAUUAUAUUGUCCUGGAUGUCAAUUAUUUUCUUUAUAAUACGCAUCGAUAAGACAAUCAAAGCUGUGGAGGAAAUCAACUCUGGAAAUGGUGAAUUCGUUUCAUUUGAAGAUGUGGAGGUAUACGACUACAUAUACAGGCUUUCUCUCGCAGGAGUCUUUUUUCUGGUCAUUCUAAGACUUCUGGAACCUUUGUCAUUUAAUUAUCAUCUUUAUAUCCUACAAAACACAUUGAACAGAUCCAGGGGAGAGUUAAUUUCGUACGUCUUUGUUUUGACUAUUGCAAUCUUUGCUUUUGCGUCCUACCUUUACCUGACGGUUGGCAAAAUCGUCGAAGAUUUCAAAGAUAUGAUUACAGCGAUGAAAACCCUUCUUCAAAUGCUGCUGGCGAUGAUUUCGUUCCGAUUCAAUGUGCAGAUGUCGUCGUUGCAGGCUCAAAUCGUUGUAAGCGUGUUUGCGUUUACAAUAUCCAUCAUUGGUAUUAACAUCUUCAUUGGCAUUUUAACUUGGAAUUUCUAUUACAUGAAAGUGUAUGGAGACUGUGACGAAAUGGAUACAGAUUUAAAUAACAGUGACAAUAAACAAAAGGAGAAAAAACAAAUUCUGGAUAAACAGAUUAAUAUUAAACAGGAAUACGAAAUGCACAAUCUUGAAGCAAUAAAUCACGGAAAACAAUGUAAUGAAGCUAAAAUUACUAAUAGACUUGAUGACAAUAACACAGUGGACGAAAAACAAAGUCAAAGCAAUGAAAACCAAAACCAAGGCGAGAACCCGCAAAGUGGACCAAAACGAUUUAACUAUGAACUCAAUGCUCAUUUUUGGUUUAGAGUUAACGGAAUUAUUCAGCGGGUGAUUCCAUCUCUAUACAAAAAGGAUGAUCGUUUAAGUAAACGACUAGAACGGGUGUACAAUCGCUAUGACGCAAUAGCAAAAGAUGAAGUACGGUGGUUUGUCAUUGUGAGCGCCAUGAUUAUGGCAGGCAAAAAAAGACCACCGAGAAGGAUACUUCUGAGCUGUGAUAAAUCUGCUGAUAGUGGAGGCGUCUUGUACAGGUUCUACGAAUGGAAUUCACAGAGGACCCACAUUCUUCUCUACUUACCUUUCGUAAAGCUGACGGAGGCUCCAGAUAUAGAUUGUUAUGUGGUGGCAACAAGCCAUGGCUCUCUGAAUAGCUUAAAUAUACCAUAUAAAGAUCUGGCAAAAUCUUCACUUUAUGAAUUUGUUUCUAGAGGCAACCUUAUUCCGCCAAAGUUUGGCGCAAAAUUGACUUACAAAUGUUCUCCAGUCCACCCUGAGGAUUUAAUGGCUUGCACAUCUGAUAAUAGUAGGACAUGGAAUUACAACCUUCUAAGAGAAUACGACGGGUUAAAAACGUUUUCCUGCAAUCUGACAACGAUACCGACACAAGCAUUCCUCAUGCGACGACAAGACAACAUCAAAAUCGAUAUCUGGGACCUGGACAGGUAUCCUGAUAUUGAAAGACACCGCCUUCUUAUAACAGGCCGUGUGGUUCGCCCCAAGUUCGAUCCAAGAAUCACCAUCACUAUCCCGGCACACUCGUCCGAAGAACAUGGCGACAUAAUUACUUUGAUUGAAAGACCUGUCGGGCUUUUAUGUCCAAUUUUGCAUGUUUACUCAACACGUGUUAUCAGUGGUCCAAUCGAUGUGUGUCUACCAAUGCUUUACGAGCAAAUCAAUGGCAUAAAUAGUGAUAUAUGGGUGAUGAUUCGGGAGAGUAACGGAAUGUGGGAGAAGAUCAGAUGUCGUCUGGAACCCGCCUACAAUCAAAUGAAACUUCGUCUAAAUGGAAUAAAAAUGAAAACGCCAACAGCAAUAUGCGUAAAGGAAAUUACACUGCCUUGGAGACCAGAUGCUAAAUCCGGACAAGAGGUUAAAUUUGCAAGAGAAAUCAGUGAAAUUAGUGAACUUCAUGGAGUACAAAUGAAUUGGCGAGAUUUAGCACAGAAAUGUGGGGUCAACAUCACCUCAAGGUUUGAUUACCCCAAAAAUGGCUCUAUUUCUGUCGACAACAAAGUGUACACAUUUACUAUGAACAAGUGCACGUUUAGAAGGAUAACGACUCCUCCAAUGAGCGACCAAGAAAAGUGCCUGGUCAUUCUGUCACUGUGGGUGAAGAGUCUACAAAACACUCAUCAAGUGACAUCACUUGUCCCACUGUUGAAGAGGAAAAAUAUCAACUAUCUCACAGCCCAGGCCCACCUCAUCAAAAAGAGUCUGGAUCAAAAACCUUGGCAUUGAGACUUGGACGAAAAUGACUUAUAAGCCAUCAGAUACUAACAGACAAAUGUGUUAUAAUACGAACAUUUAUCCUCUGAUAUGGGUAAAUUAUGUUAAAAAAUGGAGAUACAUAUCUUCUGCGUUCUCCCUUCUUUUAACAUGGUGUGUUAAACUAUUUUCUUAUUUU